GAUGGCAUUAUUAAGGGUAAAAAAAUUACAGAACUAGGGCCAUGCUCCGAAUGUAACAAUGAUAUUUUAAUAUCUCCUCUCAAAGCAUUCACAUACCUAAAUGUAGAAAUAUUAGAUCAAGCCAAUCCCUUUAGCACUGUUUCCAAUUUGCUAUUAACUAAUCCCAAGGAGGCCUCCCAAUCAACUGGAAUUUCACCUUUGAUGGGUGAAAUAUUUGUCCUAUCUUCACCACCUAUACGGAUACAACCUAUACAGAUAGAAAGGAUUGAGGAUACAGCAACCCAACAAGUCAAAAGCCCCUUAAAACUACUCAUAUACUUAACCUGCAAAUAUAUCAUUCAUUACAAUUGUAUCGAUGAUCCACAAAAACUAUGUCCUAUAUGUCUAUCAACUAAUAUGGAAUCAGAAGAGGAAGAAGAAAUGAGUGUUGAUGGCGAAGAACAACCUGAUACCAGCAGUAAAAAACGUUCCAAUGAAGGUACGAACGUCAACUCAUCUUCACCCAAGAAGAAGGCAAAGAAAGCAGUUAGAAGAGAAGAUUCACCUAUUUUGAAAAAGCUUAUCAAGGAAUUGUCCGCUCCAAUUCCACAGCAAAGUUCUUCUGGUAGUAUUAUUUCUCUACAGACAUUCUCCGAUAUGGAUAUUAGCUUAGUUAAUUUUCGUGAACUAGAUAAUAAGAUUAUCAAUGCCAAAGAUG